AGCAGUCAGGUUGAGGUUAGAGGAGGUUAUACAACACACUUCUUCUCACCACGGUUUGCUCCCUGAUAGAGAGCUAUGAAUCCCGAUAUUCUCAGAGAACGGCAAAAUGCCACUUUUGACGUCGAAAAACUCACCCACAUUUUGGACGGCGGCGCCGAGGUGACCAAAAGAAGACGGGAAAUUGAGUCAAUGGUCCUCAGUGACCCGGACUUCAAUGAGGAGGACCCAAACUUCCUGUCCCGCAGUGAGCGCUAUGACCAGGCUAUCAGAAAGAGUGCCCAAAUGAUCCUGAAGCUCAGAGAGUAUGGCAUCGCAGACCCAGAGGAGAUCUACUGCUAUAAGAGCUGUGUGCACCCAGACAGGCCAGCGCCCUUGGAUCUCCAUCUGGGGAUGUUCCUGCCCACACUGCUCAACCAGGCCACCCCAGAGCAAAUGGACCAUUUCUUCACGCCUGCCUGGAACCUAGAGAUCAUCGGCACCUACGCUCAGACUGAGAUGGGCCACGGUACACACCUCAGAGGGCUGGAGACCACGGCCACAUACGACCCAGCCACUCAAGAGUUUGUUUUGAACAGUCCCACUGUCAGCUCCAUCAAAUGGUGGCCUGGAGGACUUGGCAAGACCUCAAACCAUGCCAUAAUUCUAGCCCAGCUUUAUACUCAAGGAAAAUGCCACGGCCUGCACGCCUUCAUCACACCCAUCCGUGACAUGACCACACAUAAACCACUGCCAGGUAUUGUGGUUGGUGAUAUCGGCCCCAAGUUUGGCUUUAAUGAAGUUGAUAACGGCUUCCUGAAACUAGAGAACGUACGAAUCCCACGGGAGAACAUGCUGAUGAAAUACGCCAAGGUGGAGCCAGAUGGAACCUAUUUGAAGCCACCCAGUGCCAAGCUGACCUAUGGCACCAUGGUCUUUGUACGCUCCAUGAUCGUACGCGAGUCAGCUAGGGCUCUUUCCAAGGCCUGCACCAUCGCCAUCCGCUACAGUUCUGUUCGUCAUCAGUCUGAAAUGCGGCCAGGAGAGCCAGAGCCCCAGAUCCUUGACUACCAGACGCAGCAGUACAAGCUGUUCCCCCUGCUGGCUAUGGCCUAUGGCUUCACUUUUGUCGGCCAGUACAUGAACCAGACCUACCACCGCAUCACUGGAGACAUCAACCAGGGAGACUUCAGUGGACUGCCUGAGCUCCAUGCUCUGUCUGCGGGUCUAAAGGCCUUCACCACAUGGGAAACUAACGCUGGCAUCGAGGUUUGCCGCAUGUCCUGCGGCGGUCACGGCUACUCUCUCAGCAGCGCCUUGCCAGACAUUUAUGUCUCAUUCACCCCAACCUGCACUUACGAGGGGGAAAACACGGUCAUGAUGCUGCAGACUGCAAGAUACCUGGUGAAAUGCUACCGGCAGGCUAAAGAAGGCCAGCAGCUGAGUGGCAUUGUGUCGUAUCUGAAUGAAGCAGAGCAUCGGCGAGUCCAGCCCCAACCUGUUGCUGCAAGACCAACAGUGGUGGACAUUAACGACCUGACUAGCCUGGUGGAGAUCUACAAACUACGAGCUGCCAUUCUAGUAGAGCUGGCAGCUAAGAGCAUCCAGCAGGAGUUGCAGCGCAGGAAGAGCCAGGAGGAUGCCUGGAAUAACAGCGCUAUCGACCUGGUCAGAGCCUCAGAUGCCCACUGUCACUAUGUUGUGGUGAAGCUCUUCACUGACAAGCUGGGGGAGAUUGGUGACACAGCCAUUCACUCAGUGCUGUCAACCUUGGCUCUCCUCUAUGCACUUCAAGGCAUCACAAGGAACUCCGGGGACUUCCUACAGGCUGGACUAAUAAGUGUGCCCCAGGUGCUACAGAUUUCUGUUCGCAUUAAGGAGCUGCUGUCUCAGCUGAGGCCCAACGCUGUGGCGCUGGUAGAUGCCUUCAAUAUCCACGACAGGAGGCUGAAUUCAGUCCUGGGACGAUACGACGGGAAUGUUUACGAAAACAUGUUCGAAUGGGCUCGCCGCUCACCCCUAAACUCUACAGAGGUCCAUGAGUCUUUCCACAAGUACCUGAAGCCCCUGCGGUCCAAACUGUGAGCACACCUUUGCAUCCUGAUUUCCUGGCGUUGACCCUUCAACGCCGCUAAAAUAGGCACAAUCUUAAUUUGGGGUGUAACAGUACACAAAAUUUGUAGUUCGGUAUGUACCUCGGCUUUGGGGUGACGGUUCGUCAUGGUUCAUUGGUUAAAACUAUUACUGAAAUGGAAAAGGAAAACAAGCUCUCCGUUCCCCACAGGGAGUUAGGGGACCUGCUGACAGCUGUUUUAUGCUGAUUUAUAGUUAAACCAUAUAUAAAGUAGUUUAACAAGCUCCACCUCCAGCAGCUACAACAGAAACAUGCUGUUGACUCAUUGAAGCUUUAGAAUUAAUAAUCUAAUGAUGUCAUAUAUUUGGUCAGAGGGAGCAAACCCCUUUUAAUUUCAUAACUUUUAACUUCAUUGUUCUCUCUCAGAAGUGGUUCUCAUCACAUGCUGUCUGACCAUGUCUGAAAUCAAAUCUAUUUAUAGUUGUUUUGAACGGCAGCUGUCACACAGAGGGAAGGGGGAGACGCCAUAUCAUUUGACUAUGAAGAUAAUGGAGCAUAUUUUAAUAAUAGUGUUGCACUCUGUCAUGUUAUGGGUUUCUCAUUUGUAAUUCUGACAGUAGCAACAGCACAGGGUAACCAGGCUAUUUUCAUUAAGCCGGGCUAGCAUACAUGCAUGACAGUAAUUGUUUGGGUCAAGGAGCAUACUGAACCAAGUAAAGUUGCAUACCGAACCAAGCGUCCUGUACCAAAUUGUUCAGGAUGAAUACACGAACACCCCCAAUCUUAACUGUUCUCACCGAUCAUAUCAACCCCAGGACCAUCUUCACUUAUCAGCUGAUAUUUGCUCCAUAUGAAGGAAUUUAGCCCUCACUACUCUUUUUUUCUGUCUUUGUGGUCAUGUUGAAUGCCAUCAGAGCUUACCAAAAUCAGCCUCUGUAAAGGCCAUGGUGUACUGUAACAUUUUGGAGCAUUGUAGACAACCUAAAAUAAAAUAAUCUUAAAACAAUGUUAUUAAUGAGGGAAGUGAAAACAGAACCAAGAAUGAAAUCAAUAUCUGAAAAUCUCCACCGAAAGCCCCCCCCCCCAUAAAACCAGAUUUAAGAAUACAGAAAAAUAAUCAAUUUACUGAAAUUUAAUAAUCAAUAUUUACAGUUUUAGAUUGCAUUAUUCUCCAUAGAAACAUUCCAUAGGAACAUUUCUUAGUAUUUCUAUUUCCUAAUUUUCUGUGGCCUGCCUGAUGGCUCCUCAUUAUGUGCCAGUUAGGAUGGAAAUAUCAUCUCCUUUUUUUCUAAUUCUAUGUCUAUGAGAGUUUAAUGCUAGGAACAAACCCAAAGAAAAAUCACUUUCGGUUGUUUAUGACUACAAGGACCAUCUUGUUACUGAAAUAUGUUAUUGAAUUUUUCCAUCAGUUUUAUCCAUCUGUGUAGGCAUCUAUAAGGAACUGUAUGAGACACUACAACUAUACUGUAGUUUACAUUAGGAAAAUAACCAAAUAGUAAAUUACAACUGACAUAACAGAAACAUCAAGUGGAGAUUAUAAAAUAUUUCCUGUAAAAUGCUGUGACAAUAUAAUUUUGCUGAGUUGUCAUUUUGCUUCAAAAAAUGUAUUUUUUUAGUAGGUGAAACGUCUUCUGAAGCUGUUAGCAUGCUUGUAGCGCUGUCCUCCUACACAAAGCAUUCAGUAGAUAAAACUUCAGCAUAUAUACAUCAAGUUCAGUUGGACUUUGGGGUUGUAACAAUUUUAAUUGUAGCUCCUUUAAAGUCACUUCUCUACUGUUCCCCACAACUUUAAAUUACUUCACCCAAAAUGUGUACUUUUUUAUAGCUCCAAUGCUAAGAAGUUUUUACAAGGCUGUACCACAAUCACAGAGGUAAAAUAAUCUGCCUUAAUCCUCGCUCCCACCAGCUGUCCGAUCUCUGUUGCUAUAUGAUGAAUGACAAUGUCCUACUUAGGUUACCUACUUCACACUGUUCUUCAUUACCAGGCUGAGCUCAGCAGAGAGUUGAAAGGCCUGACAUGUUACAAUGAUACAUGGGGGCUUCCAGAGACUUGCUAAAUUAGAUACAAUUAAAGACUUUGGGGUGAUAUGUUCGCACUUCUGCAGUUUCUGUGAAAAUUAGCUCAGUCUCAGGAUUUCUCAUCAUUAGAAAAAAUGGUUACACUAUCCUGUGUGUCCCUACACCUUUGAAUGUAACAGAAAGUGUUCUGCAGAUACUGAUUAAAGGUAGAAUAUGUCAAGUGUGUCAGAAGGACCUGUGAGGAAAAGACUGAAUUUCUUGAAUGUUUGGUGAGUUCACAUUAUGCACUGAAUACGUUCAUUAAUAUUCUCCAUCCCUGCUGUGUGGGGCUGAUUGUUAACAAGGGCCGCACUGCAGCCAACCUCUGGAUGGAUUAUGUCUUUAGUUUUUAAUCAAUCACAUUUCAAACUAGACACUUUUUAAAUUAUGCUGCAAUGUUGACAUCCUACUGUAUUAAUUACCCUGAUUCAAUUAUGACCUGAAGUGUGUGCCAACUCAAACUUAAUGCUUUACUAUUUUGUUCAUUUCAGUUCCAGAAAAAUAACACGUUAUAAAUUGACUUAGUCUGUUAAUAAUCAUCAGUUUUGACUUGAAUUGGUGGGUUUGUACUCUUUGUUUAUCUCAAACUUAAGUAGUCUAUUUUUUUCUCAGUGAGCCAUCCAGUUGUAUAAAUGAUAAGUAUUGAGACUGGUGAAUAAAAGUAGAACGAUUCAAAUAACACUCUUUGACUGUAAUGACAUUAUAAUGAUAAGGGAGAGCAAUAACCUAAAGCCUCACUAUGAAGUGUAAAGAUGAUUUGUAGAAUGAUUAUGUGCCUGAGGGAAGUUGUCUUUCCUUAAUCUAAGUAACUGAGGUUCUCCUCUCACCAGACUGAUAGCAACUCAUUUGAGUAUUCACACAUUUCUAAUCAGUUUAUCUCCGCUGUAAAGGCGCAGUUCUGAAUAUAUAAUGACUAAGCUGUUUGUUAAGCAUUAUUGUGUGAUAAUUUGUUGACAUGUUUUAUUGAAUGAUGAUUUUAAUGGUUGGUAAAUAAUUUGAAAUGUAAAUUGUAUUAAUAAAAAUGAAAUAAGCAAUGUGUAA